AUGAGUGACCAAGAAAAGGAUGAUUCAUACACUUUGACUGAUGAAGAAACAAACAAUGAAUUUACCUCUGUUGAGAAUUCACCACCUAGUAAGAGUCAUUAUUCUAAAGAAACAUUAAAAUUUGAACAAAAAGAAAAUACUAUGGAAAUAACCCAAGAACAACAAAUAUUUCCAAGAAAUGAUCCUCUAACAACAUUAUCAAUACAAUCUACUACAAACAUAUUAAAUGAACCAGAGAAAAAAAUAAAUAACCAAACAAAAAAAAAGAAUCAAUCUCAUCAACAAGAAAAGUCAUUUACAAAUAAAAAUAAUAACCCUAAAAUAAAUGAAAUUAAAGAUGUUUUUAACCAACAAAAUACUAAAGAACAAUCAGAUUAUUCUUCUUCAGUUGAACUACUUCAACUACCUGUUGCUUUUCCUAAGAAAGAUGAUAAAAUAAGAAUUGGUUUAAAAUCAGAAAAAGAAAAAAAAAUUUUACAGAAAGAUUUAUCUUCUACAACAACUUUUCCAAAACAAAGAAAUCAAAAAGAAACAAUUGGAUUAUUACAACCACCACUUCCUAUACAAACAACAAGUUCAAUACAAAAAUCUAAUUCAUCUCAGAAAAGAACUUUCCAACAUAUUGUUCGUGAUAUUAUUAAAGAAAGAGAAUCUUGUCAUACACCAUCUCCAGUUAAAUAUGAAUCAAUAAGAGAUAGAACUAAAGAUAUCCCUAGAGAACAACAAAAAAUAUCUUUAAAUCAAAAUUUGAAACCUUAUAAAAAAGAAGAAAUUCCUAAUGUUUAUCCACAACAAUCUCUUCAACCAUCAGGACCUAAAAGAAUAUCUACAUUUAAUAAUUCUUUUCCUUCUAUUGUUCAACAACCAGAAAUGUUUUAUAGACAAGAACCACUUCAAAUAAAACGAACAAUUCAACAACCACAAAUAGGACAACAACCAAUCCUAUUUAAUCAAAAUGUAUUUGAAGUAUUUGAAAAAUAUUUUAUGAUGUUUGGAGCAUUUGUAGAAUGUUGGCCAGAUGAUGCAUUUAUACAAUACCCAAAACAAUUUGUUAAGAAAGUAGUAAAAGAUUAUAUAAUGAAUCCUGAAUUAUUUCAAACAUGUCCAUUACAUAUUAGAAAUCAAAUUUAUUCAUAUACAGCAUUAAAAUAUGUAUUAAAUCAAGUGAGAAAAGGAUCAUAUGAAUUACCAUUUGAACUUGAAUUAAUGUAUAAAGAUGGAUGGGAAAGAAGUUGUGAUGUAUGUUUAUUAAAAGAAAUGGAACGAUGUGGAUUAUGUUAUUUUGAAGGAUAUGUUCAAAAUGACUGUAUUAAUUAUGUUUUAACACAAGUUAUGAAAUUAAGUCAAGAACAAAAAAUAGCUUUUAUUCAACAAAGGUGUUCAUUUUUAUUAAGGUGUAUUAUUUUAAAGAGAUAA